AUGUCUCGAGGGUUGAGUUUUAGACAAAUCCCCACUAUUGGCGACUUGUAUCAACGUGGCGUGCUCAGACGGUUGAACGACAAGAACGCGAAUGCAACAAAGGAGCGGUUUCCUAGCGUCGCUAGGCUUUUGGACCGCGUAUCUCUUUACCAGGGGGAUAUCACGAAACUAGAUGUUCAUGCAAUCGUCAAUGCGGCAAACGGGAGCCUUCUAGACGGUGAUGGUGCUGAUGGAGCCAUUCAUAGGGCUGCAGGUCCUCAAUUGCUUAAGGAAUGUCGCACUCUGAAAGGCUGUCAGACUGGGGACGCCAAGAUUACACGAGGUUACAAUCUCCCUGCUCGACAUGUUAUACAUACAGUUGGUCCCGUUUAUUCAGGAACCGCUAAAGUACAGCUGGUCUGUGACCAGCUGGCUUCCUGUUACACGCGUAGCUUGCACGUUGCUGCCCACCACUCACUCACUCAGAUUGCCUUCCCUGCGAUAUCGACCGGAGUACACAACUUCCCCAUCAUGAGCGCCACUCACAUUGCACUAAAUGCAGUCAGAUUGUUCUUGGAAUCCGAAGAAGAAAUAAACUUUGAGCGCGUUGUGACAUCAUCCUACGAUCGAACGCUCAAAAUAAAUAUAAUAUAA